AUGGCGUCUACAACGGCCGCAGCAAUCCAGAGUAGUCAACCACCGAUUCUCCCCAAAGACUUUUCUGCGAAACAGCCUGAAACGAUUCGCCUCUACCCAUUGAGCAAUUACACCUUCGGAACCAAGGAGACACAGCCCGAAGAAGAUCCAUCUGUGGUAGCUCGGCUGAAGCGACUGGAAGAGCACUAUGAGCUCCACGGGAUGCGCCGCACCUGCGAGGGUGUCCUGGUCUGCCACGAACACAAUCACCCCCACGUUUUGAUGCUGCAGAUUGCAAAUGCAUUCUUCAAACUGCCGGGCGAUUACCUGCCUUUUGAAGAAGAUGAGAUCGAAGGGUUCAAGAAGCGCCUGAACGAGCGCCUGGCUCCCGUGGGAUCGCAAUUUUCCGGGGAAGGUGUGAAUGAGGAUUGGGAAAUUGGUGAUACACUUGCCCAAUGGUGGCGCCCCAAUUUUGAAACGUUCAUGUACCCAUUCCUCCCGGGUCAUGUCACGAGGCCGAAGGAGUGCAAGAAGUUGUACUUUAUCACCUUGCCUAAGAAGAAGGUUCUUUCUGUGCCAAAGAACAUGAAAUUGCUAGCGGUCCCGCUAUUUGAACUUUAUGAUAAUACCGCUCGUUACGGCCCUCAGCUCUCGGCGAUUCCACACCUGCUGUCCCGAUACAAUUUCGAAUUUGUGGACGAGAAUGACAACGUCGUGGCUGUGACUCCGGGCACUCCUUUGCCUCCUGACCAGAUUCCUCGCACCAAAGUCCUUGCCGGUGGGGAUGAUGGGCAGGAUACUGGCAUGACGGACGUUGGUGAAGGUGAGAAUGGAACGGGUGGGCAGUAA